UAUUUUCACUCGGCCUCUGCGUUGAGCUUGUUGUGGCAGUUAGGGUUUUCUAUACUACAGAACGGCAGGAUGAGACCAAUUUUCUGUGGUAACUUUGAGUUUGACACCAGACAGUCUGAGUUGGAAAGGCUUUUCAAAAGAUAUGGCAAGGUUGAUAGGGUGGAUAUGAAAUCUGGUAAACUUGUAACACACUUGUAAAUUUUCUUUUCCAUGCUACUUGGCUUAUUAACCUUAUUGUAUUUUUCUUUUUUGAAUAUGACGACUUUUAUGUGGGUGAGUUUAGUUUGUGGCGGUAACUUGUCACAUACACUAACCCUUGGAUGUGUGGUGUAUCUGUCCUCCAAAAUUAUGCUUGAUAUUUUUCUUUAAUAAAAAUAUACUUGAUAAAUUGGUUGUCUUGUUAACUACUUGCAUGUGAGGCCUUACCAAUGAGGUCUUGUUAUUUCCUCCUGUCUAUCUUACAAUAUAAAUCUUUGUAAAGCUUGUUCAUGCAUAAAGUAGUCAUGCAGCAGGUGCUCGGGUAUGAUUUCAUUCUACUGGGCUAGUUGUGGAUAACCAGAUUAGUCCUGUAUAAUCCUUAUUUUUUAUGUCUUUCUUAUUGUGGGCAAUGACUACUGUGGCAUCAAAUGGUCUGCAUAGUGUUAUUUUGCCAAUGGUACAUCAAUUAUAUACAUGCAGCUAAACAAGGUUGUUUGCAUUCCGAGAAGGCACAGCUUGCCGUUACGGACUACCUAGAGCAAGUUUGAACAAGAUUAUGUGAAGUCUGUGCCUGAAUAAACUAUAAAGUUGUAGCGAGCAACAGUAAAACUGAUGGUGGUAAAGCCAUUGACUCGUGAAAUAUGAACAUGGUUAUAGCACCCUCUGGCAUGUCCUGAUACUUUUGGUUAUUGCAUUUCCUGGGUAUGGUAUGUGUAGUGUGGUUUCACUGCUCAAAGACUCAAAUGACCACAAAUUAGUCUGCUGGGAUGCUGCAUUCCUUCUUUACAUUGUGGCUACGUUGGACGGAAGAUCCAGUCAGCUCAUUUGUGUCAACAACAGAAGUCUUGCUGAGUUUUGGCGGGAUAUUAGGAUAUGUUUACUGAAAAAGUAUAUUUUUUAAGUGUAGACCCCCAUACUCAAUUGAUUCUUUGGCGCAGGAUAACAUUGAAUGUCCAUACAAUCAUUGCUGAUGGACGGUGUCUAUUUCGUUUCCUGACCGUGACAAGUUUCUCUUCUUGUUUCAAGAAGAGUUCUCCCAUCCAUCGUGGCGUCACAAUCACAUAUUAUCCUCCAGUCACUAUUGCCCUCCAUUCCUCAUGAAUUUUGCCCAGCCUUCAUUUUCAGACUUGUCACAUUGCCGACCUUGAAGGCAGCAGUUUGAAAAGGAGAAGGCACACUUUUUACAUUAUCCCAUCAUGUGACAUCCACCUUUCCCUGGCAUCUUUAGUCCACCACUGAAGGUUUUGCUUUUGUUUAUAUGGAUGAUGAAAGAGAUGCAGAGGACGCUAUUCAGGGGCUUGACCGAAUAGAUUUUGGCAGAAAGGGGCGCAGGCUUCGUGUUGAGUGGUCAAAGGAAGAACGGAGCAGAAAGCCUGAGGUUUCUAGAAAAUCUUCAAGUUCCAGAGUUUCCAAGACUUUGUUUGUCAUAAAUUUUGAUCCAUAUAAUACUAGGACAAGGGAUUUGGAGAGGCACUUUGAUCCACAUGGAAAAAUACUCAACAUAAGGAUCCGAAGGAAUUUUGCAUUUAUUCAAUUUGAAUCACAGGAGGAUGCCACGAGAGCCCUGGAUGCUACCAAUAUGAGUAAGCUGAUGGAUCGAGUUAUUACUGUGGAGUAUGCGAUCAAAGACGAUGAUGAUAGGAGAGAUGGGUCUGGUCCCGGUAAAACCCAUGAUAGAUCACCUAGGAGAGGUUAUGACCGAGGUCGAUCUCGUAGUCCUUAUGGAAGAGAUCGGCCAAGUCCUGACUAUGGCCGUGGUCGAGAUCGGCCAAGUCCUGACUAUGGUCGUGGGAGAGAUCGCUUAAGUCCUGACUAUGGUCGUGGUAGAAAUCGGGUAAGUCCUGAUUACAGUCGCGGCAGAGAGCGGCUAAAUCCUGAUUAUGGUCGUGGCCCUAGUCCAAGUCCAAAGCAUAGAGAAAGGAAUUCUGAGAAUGCUCGUGGCCAUAGUCCAGCUGUAGGAAAGGAGAGAAAUCCUGGUCAUGGGAAUGGUCGUACCCCUAGCCCUCGUAGAGGAAGAUCUGGUCCAGGAAAUGGCCUCGUGAGCAGUCCUCUGGAAAGAAGUCCUGGUUAUGGUGAUAGACCAAGUACUAGUCCUCAACGGGAGAGGAGAAAGAAAUAUAGCCCGGAUGGUUAUAUUCCUGGUAGCAGCCCAAGUUCUAAACCGGAACCUGUAGAAAGUCCUGUACGUGAUGGGAGGGAAAGUUCAGAGCGAUACAGGAGUCGUUCACCUCCAUUGCGGGAAAGAUCACGCUCCUAAUUUGCUUGAAGCUGUUUUGAUCCUUGGAGUAAUGGUUAUGUUGAAAAUGGUGCUUGUAGAAUUAGACCUUGAAGUUGCUGGAGCAUCAAAGUUGGAUGUGGCUUUGGUAACCAGUAAUGUACCUUCGGAAAAUGGUUUUGUUCUUGGAAGUGAUUUAGAACUGCUUCCAUGUAUUUCGACUGUGAACAUCAUACUCUGUUUCUAUUUGAUAAUGAACCAGUAAGACUCGGGCCAUUCUUUGUCUGGU